AUGGAAAUUACAACAGCUCCGAAUUUGCCUGCAUCCGACAGUGGCAAUGCGGGAGUCUCAGCGAACAACCGCAGCACCGAAAGUGCAAUGGAAAUUACAACAGCUCCGAAUUUGCCUGCAUCCGACAGUGGCAAUGCGGGAGUCUCAGCGAACAACCGCUGCACCGAAAGUGAUGCAGUGGAUGAAACUCGCGGUAGUUUCUCAGUGAAUAUCAGCCGGCUGAGCAGGCAGCUCUACCGGUGGAUGAGCAUGCUUGAUGACGAUGGUGGUGAUAUUAUAGGACCUGCUCGAAAGCAUGCAGUGGAUGAAACUCGCGGUAGUUUCUCAGUGAACAUCAGCCGGCUGAGCAGGCAGCUCUACCGGUGGAUGAGUAUGCUUGAUGACGAUGGUGGUGAUAUUAUAGGACCUGCUCGAAAGCGUAAGUGCUUUUUCAGAUAUAUAGUACAGCACGCACUGCUAUGUAUGCUAUGCCAUUUUGAGCGUUAUUUUCUAUAA